UAAGCAUAACAGGAAAUUUUACUUGUAGGAAGAUACUGAGUGUCGUGAUGCCGUUAAGACGUACUGCACUAUCCGGAACACAGCUACUGAUGUUGUGAAGACUUGUUUGUCUGCCGAUACAUCUCGUCAAGAAGUACUGCACAUCUAGAACACAGCUGCUGAUGUUGCGAAGGCUUGUUUGUCUGUCGAUACAUCUCGUCAAGACCUACUGCACUGUCCGGAACACAGCUGCUGAUGUUGCGAAGGCUUGUUUGUCUGUCGAUACAUCUCGUCAAGACCUACUGCACUGUCCGGAACACAGCUGUUGAUGUUGUGAAUACUUGUUUGUCUGUCGAUACAUCUCGUCAAUACGUACUGCACUAUCUGGAGCACAACUGCUGAUGUUGUGAAGACUUGCUUGUCUGUCGAUAGAUCACUUCCAAGACCUACUGCUCUGUCUAGAACACAGCUGCUAAUGUUGUAAACACUUGUUUGUCUGUUGAGACAAUUUGUGAAGACAGUCUGUUGAGACAAUUUGUGAAGACAUAAAAGGUAAAAAGUGUUUGGUUUGAAUAAAAACACAAGUCAGACAUGAAAAAGUGAUGAAUAUUUUGCUUGGAUGUACUGUACCGUUUCUUGAACUCCUAUAGUUGUAAACAACUACAUUGUGCUGCCAUCUCGUGGCUAGCCUCAUGAACGAUUCCAAAUCGACUCCAGAUCUGAAUGGAGUUGGAUAUGUGGGAGGAUCCGGAGUGACACAAGAACAGAUGGGGGACCUCACUAAUAACGUCAAUAACUCCAUUAUAUCAUCUGUGAGUCAGGAACAAAACGUGCAUUUUCAACAGCAGCUGCUACAGCUUAAACAACAACAGCACAUUCAACAACAGUUACUGUUACAACACUUCCAACAACAGCAACAGCAGCUAGCAGAACAGUAUGAGCAACAGGUUCAGGAAAAGAUUAAGGAGUAUAUAGAACAGCAAAAGAGGGACGAGGAACAAAAACUUGAAAAACAGAAAAAAGAUCACGAAAAAUUGGAAUCCUUGAAGAAGAAGGAAAAACAUGAACAGAGUGCUGUAGCCUCAUCAGAAGUUAAACAGCGACUCCAGGAGUUUGUGCUCAGUAAACGACAGAGAGAAGCUGCGAUUAGUAACUCUCCACCUAAUUUGCAUAACUGGCAUCCUCUUCUCGGCAAGUAUGACGACGACUUUCCGCUGCGGAAAACAGCAUCCGAGCCCAACCUUAAGGUCCGUUCUGUGUUGAAGCAGAAGGUAAUAGACAGACGCAGUAGUCCUUUGCUAAGACGCAAAGAUAAAGGGCCAAUCCCUGCGAAGAGGAGACCUCCUCUUGCAAACGGAAGUAAUAGUAAACCUGAUUCUGGUCCAGGAUCGCCAUCAGAGGGAGCAAAUAUUCAUUCCCUCCAGUCUAGUAACGGCAGCACUCCGAUUCGAGAGGAGCCAGGUCCACCUUAUAUAUUAGGUCAGAAUAGUGAGAUUGCGCUCUAUUCGUCUCCUUCCAUGCCGAAUAUAACUCUGGGACGUCCACCUGUACCAACCAGUAACUCCAAUGAAGGGAAGGGAUUGUCAUCUGUGUCUGAAGCUCAGGUUCGAGCCAUGGCUGCAGCAAGAUUGGGUGUACCUCUUACAUCACAUAUGCUACACUCCUCUCUUCCUUUUUAUCCCUCCUUACCAGUGAUUGAUGGAGAGUUCACUCCUCCAACAAGUCCUAGUUAUAUUCAGCAACACAGAAAAACCUUAGAACAAGCCAGAAGCUCAGGGCAUGUCCCUCAGAUUUGUGGCACUCCCUCCAUCAUUCCUGGGAUGUAUAUGCCCAGCAAUGUAAUCACAGAUGCUCAAGUGGCUCAGGCACGCUUACACAGGAACAUACACAGACCUCUUGGCAGGACACAAUCAGCUCCACUCCCUUUGGGACACCCUAUGUUACAACCCCAAGGAAUCAUCUUAUCUCCUCAGCAGAAUGAGCAUUUUUUUAGAAAACAACAUUUGUAUGAUCAGCAGCUACAUAAUGUGUUAAAGCAACACAUUCGUCAAACAGUGCUAACCAGAGCAAGCAGCAAGAAUCAAGUGGAAAAUGUUGAGGAGGAGACAGAAGCUGCUGUUGCCCAAGAAAUGAAAGAUGCUCCUCUAUCUUCAACAGAAACUCCCACACCAGAAGUUAUUGACCUCACUGAACAUAGAACUAAAGAAGAUGAAGGAGAUAGCGAGCUAGCAAAACAGCAACGUGAUCGAGAAGCAUUCCUUCAACAACAGCGGGAUAUUAUGGCAAAGUCGUCCCUUCAGAUAAGUGAAGGUUCUGCUUUUACCCCACGCCAUCAUAUUGUCAGACCUCUGUUACGUGCCCUGUCUAGUCCAUUGGUUACAUUAAGUCCAACAGGAAAUUCUCAAGAAAGUACAAUUCCAGUUUCAGUACACCAUACUUUCACCACAGGUUUGGUUUGUGACAAUCUAAUGUUAAAGCAUCAAUGUAUCUGUGGUGACAACUCUUACCAUCCAGAGCAUGGUGGUCGACUUCAGAGUAUUUGGGCACGACUACAGGAAACUGGGCUGGUUUCUCGAUGUGAGAGGAUACGCUCUAGAAAAGCCAGCUUAGAGGAACUCCAAACCUGCCAUAGUGAAGCAUAUACCAUGUUAUUUGGAACCAAUCCAUUAAACAGGCAUAAGCUUGACAUGAGCAGACUGGACUUGCCAAUCAAAAGCUUUGUGAUGUUGUCAUGUGGAGGAAUUGGAGUUGACUCGGACACAGUAUGGAAUGAGCUACAUACUGCUAGUGCUUCUCGCAUGGCUGCAGGAUGUGUAAUAGAGCUAACUAUGAAAGUAGCUACAGGAGAAAUCAAGAAUGGCUUUGCUGUUGUCCGGCCACCUGGUCACCAUGCUGAACCUCAACAAGCCAUGGGUUUCUGCUUCUUUAAUUCCAUUGCUAUUGCUGCAAAACAAGUGAGACAAAAGUUGAAAUUGGAAAAAAUCAUGAUCAUUGACUGGGAUGUUCAUCAUGGAAAUGGCAUUCAACAGAUAUUUUAUGAUGAUCCUCAUUUUCUCUACAUUUCUCUUCAUCGUCAUGAUGAUGGCAACUUUUUUCCUGGAACUGGUGAUCCUCUAGAGGUGGGAAGUGAAGAUGGAAUAGGGUUUAAUGUUAAUAUUGCCUGGUCAGGUACAUUAAAACCACCAAUGGGAGAUGCUGAGUAUAUUGCUGCAUUUAGGACUGUUGUGAUGCCAAUUGCAAGGGAUUUUGAUCCAGAGAUCAUCCUUGUGGCUGCAGGUUUUGAUGCUUCUUAUGGACACCCUGCACCAUUAGGAGGUUACACUCUUUCUCCUGCCUGUUUUGGCUACAUGACUAAGCAACUAAUGACACUUGCUAAAGGACGAGUUGUUCUUGCUCUAGAAGGAGGAUAUGACCUUCCUUCUAUAUGUGACUGUUCUCAAGAAUGUGUCAUGGCUCUGCUAGGAGAUGAGGGGACACCUUUAUCAAAAGAAGAAAUAACCCGAAAACCUUGCCCUAUUGCCGUGGAAGUUCUCCAGCGAACCAUCAGUGUUCAAGCACUCCAUUGGCCAUGUAUUAAACGUUGGGGACCCACAAUUGGCUAUUCACUCUUGGAAGCUCAAAAAAAGGAAAGGGAAGAGGUGGAUACUGUAGCAGCUCUGGCAUCACUUUCUAUGAAAGUUCCACAGGGGCCUCACAUUCAGAGAGAAGAAGUGAACUGUUCAUCCCAGCAAGCUGAGGAACCAAUGGAGGAAGAUCAAGAUCAUGACAAAUGAAGAAAUAGAUGGCUACUCCUUGAUACACUGGACAUUAGGUCAACACACCAUAGUUGACAUCCUGUAGAAGUCUCACACUGACCUCCACUUGUGCUGUGGAAGUGAAAUCCCACUAGCAAGGGUCAUGAAUAAUGUGUCGCACAAAUUUGGAUGUUGUAGUCAUAGUGCUUGAGCAUUGGACAACCUGCUCACUUUAAAAAUAUAUAUAUACACACACACCACACACACACACACACACAUGUAUAUAUAUAUAUAUAUAUACAUGUCAUAUAUAUGUUUACUUAAGUGAUGAGAAAACUUUAUUGUUGUAGUAUUUUGUGCUUAUCAUGUUAUUAAUGAACUCAUGAGAGAAAAGAAACAUUUUGUGUUUCUGCUGUUCUCAUUUUAGUAUUAGAUGUCACAAGUUGGCAAACAGAAGAUACAGGAGAUUGUUCUGUCAUAUCUAUUGUUCGUAUUUAUUCCUGAGUUUUGUUAGAUAUGUUAAAUGGUAAAAAACAUAUUUCUUAUGACUAGAUAUUAAUUAAUAUAUAUAUAUAUAUAUAUAUUAAAUAUUGACCAAUUAGAUAUAGUAUUUGUUUUUUUAAGUUUCCUUAUCUCUAGAAAAUAAAAGGGUUAAUUACAAGCUCUUCAAAAAUACUUGUAGUUUCAACAUAGAUUUCUCUUAAAACUAGGUCAUCAGGCACAGAUUGUAUAGAACAGGAAGCUAAUUGUUAUUUGUAUGUUUGUGAAUGUUGUUUUCUAGAGUAAUCUUCAGAUUUUUUUAUUUUCCUAAAAACUAUGAAUAUUAUUCAGAAGUAAAUUUAUUAAAUGUUUUUAGUAAAAUUAGAUGUCACAAGAUGUUCGUUAUUUUCUUCUCUACUCUUAUCAACUAGUCACAGAAAACUUUGGCAAGAAGCAUUUAGUAAAACUCAAUCACAUUAUCAUGCUGUAAUUUCUGUGAGAUUUCAAGUCUUUUUUAUAUGUUAUAGAUGGAAUUACAUCAUUGAUUUAAUAUAGCUUGAUACAUUUCAUUCUAUUUUGAGUUACAUCUUAAUGAUAUUAAAGGGUUGUUCAUAUUGUUGACUUAAAAAUAAUUAGUCAAGUUAUGAUUGUUGAUAUUGUAACUUACGUGUUAUGAAUCUUAUGUAACUCAAAUCUGUUUAUAAAUUUAUGAUUCAAGUCAAGUUGUUUCUUUAUCACAUUGUUGAUUUAUAUGUUACUUAUGAAUCAUUAGUGUAGUUAAGCUUUGUGUGUUUGUUCUUAUGUGGCAAAGUUUAACUGUUAAAUAAAAUAUGUAUUAAUCUAUUCAGCUUUCUGAAGAGAUUGAAAUGAUUAUCAUCAUUCUCUUACUUGCUGAUACUUACAGCAUUUUCCAUGAGAUUCAAUGCUUUCAUACGUUUUUGGUAACAACUCAGUUAGAAAUAGGACCAGAUUAUUUUCAGUGGCAUUCUUAUAAAAGCAUUUUGGAUUUUUUGAAAUUGUUGAUCAUUUGUAUUGUAUUGUAAAUAUACGUAAAUAAAUCUCUCCAGUUUCCCUAGUUAUUGUAAAUCACAUAUUGUGUUACAGGAAACUUUUGCUGUAUAGAGGGUUUAGUGGUUUCAUUGUUGUUGUUUUUUUUCACUGUAUUUUGUAACAUUAUAAAGUAGAUACUGCAUGUCUGUACCAACAGCUUUCUAGUCAAAAUGAAGUCUCAAGAAUUUGUUUGGCUUUUUUAAAGUUUCACAAGGUAUAAUGGUCACAAGUGAAGCAUUUAGUCAUUCUGGGCACUCGUUUUCUUUCAUUUACUCAUCAAGCAGUCAAAGUCCCAUUUUUUGGUUUCCAUAAAAAAUGAUAGCAUCAGUACACUUAUUCUGAAAUGUUGUGAACUAAAUCUGUAAAGUAAAUUAUGGUAGAAAAGUGGGGUUGAUUAUAUGUUACUUGCUUUAAAUUUUUGGAUUUUGGUUACCUAUGAACUUUUUUAAGAGGUACCAAUUAGGAAAUGCUACAUUUUUCUUACUUCAGCAGCAAGCUUGAGCUUAUUAUUUAGAUCCUUGGUAGAAAAUAAUAAGUGUAAUAGCAAAACAGCCUCCUCAUCUUUACAAAAUAUGAGAAAUUGCUUAAAGUUUUCCUGCAAUUAAAAAGGUUUACAUAAAUUCUCUAAAUUUAAAAACAUAGUUAAAGAUACUGAAGUUUAGGAUAUUUUGAUUAAAAGGACAGGUGCAAGGCUGAAGUAUCUUUUAUGUGAAUAUGCUCCCUUUUCAGUUUUAUGUUAUUUUUGGGGUCACUGAAGAUCAAAUAGUAAGUAUCAGAUGCUGGAGAAUCUGGAGGCUUUGAAAAAAGAGUUCUUAAAUUGUUGAGUUAUGAAGAAUAUAAAACGUAUUCAAUCUAGGUUAUUUUCUGUGUACUUUCUGCAUAUUACGUGAACUAUGAUCUCAUCACUUUGCUCAUUCCUUUGUUUUAAAGUUGUCAAGAUUAUAAAGACACCUUGCAUACUUUGUAUUAACAUCUACACUAUUUGGGCUUUUUUUAUUACAAGUUACAUUCUUUAUGAUAUUAUAGUGUAGUAAUUUGGACUAAAACAAGCAAGCACAGUGUGUGUUUUCAAAAACUGCUUGGAUUUCAACAUGUUUCCAUUACUUGUUGAUAAAACAUUUUGAAGUGUUUUGGUUAUUCACAGAAACUUUGCAUUGAUUUCCUUCAGAAAAUAAUACUUUGGUUUUUGUUAAUUUGAAUUUCUUAGAAGCUCACAACUAUACUGCAGCAAAACUGAACUUACUGUAACUCUUGGAGAAGACAAACUGAAGAAAUAAAAAUUGUUCAUUUUUCUGAUGAAACAUUGUAUAAUCUAAACAGAUCCAACAUUGUUUUGAUAGGUCUUAUUCAAUUUUAUGAAAUGUUUUCUUUCUAUCUAGGUAUUCACUAAAAUGAACUGGUUACAUUGUGUUGUUAUACCUUCAGCAUCUGACUACAGUCAUUUGAGGAGGAAAUUGGUUUCUACCAGUUGUAGUUAAUUGUGAUUGGACAUGGUAACAGUAAAAUGCGUUGUACUUUUAUAUUAUGCAACAAAAUGUUAUUAUAUUAAAAAAAGAACAAAUUUUAUUUUACAAAUGAGUAGGAAAAAUAUUUAAUUUUAUAUAGUUUAUCAUAGUGUUUGUUUUUACAUUUGAAAAUAUUUAAAGAUUUCAUGCAAUGGGACUGUUGUAAUCUAAGUAAGAAUUCUAAACUUCGAAUAGUUAAAUUGAUUCUUAAAACCUAAUGACCAUAUUUUGAAUACUUGAAUUUAUGACAGUCAAAGUUUCUAGUGAUGGAUGGCCCAUAGAGGGAAUGGAAAGUGAAAGUAUGCUCAUAAUGUAAUAAGUCAAUUAUCAUGCAUUUACAAAUAUAUACAAUAAUGUCUUAAUAACUUAGAGCAUAACUAAACUUCUAAAGUUUGAUACAAAUUCCAACAAUAGUCUGUCCUACCUUACUUGUACAUAGCUGUUUAUAGAAAAAAAAAACACCAUUAAUGCUGUUCAUUUUCCCUUUUUAUGGACCACCCCGUAUAAGUACGUUUACUUUUCGUUAUUCAUAAAACACAGUUUGAUUAUUAUUAGAUAUCAAAGUAACUCAUCAAGUGUGUUUUGUUUUAUUUCUAAUUACAUGAAAUUAUCUCUUCAGGUUGUAUAGAUUAUAUUGAUCAAUAAUGUAAACUGUUACAUUCAAUGUGACUUUAAACUUAUUUUAUUGUAGUUUUCACAUGGUAUUGUUAUACGUGUGCUCUCUCCUGUGAGCCAUUUCUUCGGUAUGUUUUCCUAAAUUAUAUUUCUGGCUACUUUUGUUGAUAGUAAAAUAUACAUUUUUCUGGUAUUUAGUGCAAUAAUAGGAAAGUAAUUAUGAAUAUUUUCCCAUGCUAAGUAAUUGUUGAACAUAUUUAUCUUGUAAUAUUCUUUACUUAAAAGAAAGUGUGACUAGUUUUGAGAAAAAGUAAAUAUGUGACUUAUGGGAAGCACAGAACAUCAGUGAGGUAGCAAUGGCCACUUUGCAAACUGACAGAUUAUCUUUCAUUAAAAAGUUAACUGAAUACUUUGUAAAACAUUGUAGUUGUUUUUACUGGAUUUUUCAUUGAAAGGAUCUUUGAAUAGCAAGCAUAAUUUCAUAAUGAACCCUUUCGUAUCAUAAGGGUUCAUUUCUUAUACUGAGGUGAUCAAGGUUUGACUUUGUUUUUUGUUGGUAGUGUUAAGGCUUGUAUAACGAGGAGUACCUGAAACUUUUGAUUUCAUUUUAAUGUAAAAAUGCUUUAAGUCACUCCAUAUGAAUCUUGUGUAUUUGGUAUUCUCAAAUGUAAGUUGUUAUUAUGAGUGUUAAUCAAGUUUUUGACAGCUCUUGGUGUUUGAAAAAUUAAGAUUUACAGGAAUUCAUAAGAUUGGACACUUAACUUUUUUUUUCCUCCUAUACAUAUGACUUUUUUUUUUGAAGAAGCGUAUGAUACAUUGUGUACAAUUAUUGGGAUUAUAUGCUACUUAAUUUUUCUGGGUCCUAAUGUAAUACUUUUUAACAUGAUCAUGAAAUAUUUAAUUUUGUGUAACAUUUUGUAUGGUGAAAAUAAAUGUGAACAUUGCUGCUGUAUACCUGUA